GUAAAGCCGCAAAGCAGAGCAGCCAGACACACCCGGAGCUGAUGUUCCGGAUCCGGACCCCGCCGGACUGUCUCAGACUCCGACAUCACCUCUGGGAGAAUGCUUGUCCAGGACCUACCAUCCACUAAUGAAUCCAUGCCACAGCUCCAGCCCUUCAACACAUCUACACCUGAUCAUGGAUGCUACGACUCGCCCGUUGCCUUGCACUUGAGAUUUGUGUACAUCUGCACCUACCUCUGCCUUGUUUUUCCACUCACUGCCAUUGUUCUGUGCUCGGGAUUUAAGCGGUGGAAACAGCGGCGCUCCACAUCAACGGCCAUGAGCCAUUCUGACUUCUUCACCUACAACAUGGCCGUCGUUGAACUGGCCGGUGUAGUAGGAGCGGUUGUCGGUUUUUUCUCCAGCAUCAUGAAUUUGCCAGCGAUUAAAUCGGUGGGGAUAUACAUCGCUUCUUUUCCCUGGAAUGCACACAUGAUGUUACCAACGCUGAUCUGCAUUGAGCGAUACCUGGCUGUGGUUCGGCCCAUCACCUACCUGAAGCUCCGGCAGGCAACCGGGAUCCACAUCAGAAACGUGGCCACUGCGUUAACUUGGCUGCUGUGCUCUAUGUGGACCAGUAGUAUUGCACUGUUCAUCAAGUACAGGCACUUAAGCCUUUUACUAAUCGGCAUGAUGGUACUUUGUUUAAUCACGGUGACUUUCUGCAGCCUCUCAAUUCUCUGCGUUCUGAUUCGUCGGCCGCCGGGGAAAACAGCUCAAGACAGGGUGCAAAUCGAUAAAACUAAGAGGAGGGCUUUCAAGAUCAUCCUGGUGAUUAUGAUGGUGUUGAUUUUGAAAUUUGGAGGGAAUAUGAUUGGCUACAUAGGGAAUACCUUACCAACAGCAAGUCAGAGGGUCUGGUGUGUUGCAAUGCGUUCAGCGUACUGGUCAAAUUUGCCCAGCUCUAUCGUGUUACCGCUGCUUUUUCUCAACAGAAGCAGCAAAAUACUAAGAUGUUUGUGCGGUAAUAAGCCUGAAUGAGGAAAAAAUGGGAUCUGCUUUGUUGAUAAGACAAUUGCUGCAGAGGUUGUGGAUAAUCCUUUGCAUCUGAAUCGAACAAUUGAUAAUAAUUUAUUUCAUCGUCUGGCUUGAUUAAAAAAAUACGUAUAUAUUUUCAGUAGUUAUUUGUGUCUUAGGCUUUGAUAUUUAUCAUACAUUGACUUCUGCUUAGAGGUGAAAAGGACAUUACAUUCAGUGUAAGUUUAAAGCCAUGCUUCUGUACUGUGCCUCUCUGUGA